UUCAUAUAGUGCACACGUUCCUGAGCAAGACCUUGCACAUAAUUCAUUAGCCGGCCAUGGCCAUAGUCACGAAGAGAGCAGAGAGCCAUGUCCUCCUCAGCCUCUCCUACCUGCUCCUCUACAGCCAUGUUCCCCGUAUCACCUCGCUUAGCUUCGACUACAACUUCUCCACCCCCGGUGUCCUCGCUGGCGCCGACCUCACGUACAUGUCCAGUUCCACCGCUGCCGGCGACCGGAUCAACCUGACGAAGGCCUCGACCUGGAGCACCGGCCGGGUGGCCCACGUGCAGCCGGUGCGGCUCUGGGACAGCAGCACCGGCAAGGUCGCUAGCUUCACCUCCAACUUCACCUUCGCCAUCACGUACCUCGUCAACGUGAAUCAGGGCGAUGGCAUGGCGUUCUUCGUCGGGCCAUACCCGCCGAGCCUGCCGCAAGACUCGAAUGGCGGUUUCCUUGGGCUCUUCAACAACCCCAGCAACCCGGCCAACACCUACUUCCCGCCGACCGUCGGCGUGGAGUUCGACGCCUUCAAGAACACCUGGGAUCCCAACGGCACCUGGAACCACGUCGGCGUGGACGUCAACAACAUCACGUCGGUGGCGUACGCGGCGCUGCCAGACUCGAGCUUCAACGGGACCAUGUCGGCAUGGGUCAGGUACGACGCCAACGCGAGCACGCUCUCGGUGGCCCUCCGGUUCGACGAUCUGCCGGGGCUGGGCCUCUACAACGUCAGCACCACAGUCGACUUCAGGGCCGCCGGGCUGCCACAGGACGCCGCGGUGGGUUUCUCUGGAGCUACCGGGGAUUACGUGGAGCGGCACCAGAUUCUUUCUUGGUCGUUUGAGUCGACUCUGGACAGCAUCGCCGUGGUCCACAACGCCGGCAAAAAAACCUCAAAGACAAAACACAUAGGCCUGAUAGCCGGAUUGGUAUCCGUUGCUGUCUUCAUACUGCUUACCUUAGCGGCAUGGCUGUGCUACCUUCAAUAUCUGAAAAGAAAAGGCACCAUACAAACGCAAGAAGCGCCCGAUGAUGCAGACACUCCUCUCGACGGAGACAUGGACAAUGAGUUCGAGAAGGGGACAGGGCCUCGAAGAUUCAGCUACGGCGAACUGUCGCAGGCGACCCAUGGAUUCUCCGACGACGAGAAGCUCGGCGAGGGCGGCUUUGGGUCGGUGUAUCGUGGGUUCUUGCAGGAUCAGGGGCUCCAUGUGGCCAUCAAGAGGGUUUCCAAGACGUCACGACAGGGGAGGAGGGAGUACAUCUCUGAGGUGAUGAUCAUAAGCCGUCUCAGGCAUCGCAACCUUGUACAGCUCGUCGGGUGGUGCCACGAGGCCGACGAGCUCCUUCUCGUAUACGAGCUCAUGACGAACGGCAGCCUCGACACCCAUCUUUAUAGUCAAGAAAACAUCCUAACAUGGCCGAUCAGGUACAAGAUCAUUCUUGGCAUCGGCGCUGGUCUUCUGUACCUGCACCAGGAGUGGGAGCAAUGCGUGGUGCACAGGGACAUCAAGCCGAGCAACGUGAUGCUCGACUCGUCGUUCAACGCGAAGCUGGGGGACUUUGGUCUCGCGCGCCUCAUCGAUCACAGCCGCGGUGCGCACACGACGAUGCUCGCCGGCACCAUGGGCUACAUGGACCCGGAGUGUGCGGUGACCAGCAGGGCCAGUGCCGAGACCGACGUCUACAGCUUUGGCGUCGUCCUCCUUGAGAUCGCCUGCGGCCGGAAGCCCAUAGUCCCCCAGGAGGAGGAAGAGAGCGAGAUCCGGCUCGUGAACUGGGUCUGGGGGCUGUACGGGAGAAGCGCUCUCCUCGACACGGCGGACGCGCGGCUGCUCGACGGCGAGUUCGACCCGCUGGAGAUGGAGCGCGCACUGAUCGUGGGGCUCUGGUGCGUGCACCCGGACUACGAGUUCCGGCCGUCCAUUCGGCAGGCCAUGAACGUGCUCCAGUUCGAGGCGCCACUGCCGGAGCUCCCGCUGGAGAUGCCCGUGCCGACGUACGGGCCGCCGGCCGGUGGCGGUUACGGAUCGAGCUACACGUCGUCGUCGUCUGGAAGUGCCAGCACCAUAGGGUACUCAUCGACAAGUGACCGGAAAGCGCGCUUGUCCGGCUCGGCGGCGAUGAGCGGCAACCACGGGACACGUUCUUCUGUUACCUCUCACAGUCACACGAGGAGUGCAACAAAAGGGAUUGCAUGUGCAUCCACGCCGAAUCAGUCCGCGGACAGGUCCAGGACGCGCGCUAGUGGUGGACGCUCGGCCACGACAGAGCAUUUUCAGUCCACACUCUACUCUUCCUAGCUCGCUGUCGUCUAAUGUGCUGUCCAGCACUCCAUUCGUGGAGUCAAUGCACCGUCGGAGUGAUUUAUUUUAAAGAGUAAAAUUUACCAGCGGUACUAAAACUUGUACCGUGGUAUCAUAGGAUCCUAAACUCUUUAAGCGUGCCAUGCAUAAUCUAAAUCUCCAUAAUUAUCA